AUGGCAGGCGGUAAUCAACAAGCGCCAGCCCCAAGGUUCAGCAAUGCCUCAUUGGACACAUUUGUUCAAGCAGUGGAGGACAGAAGAGAAAUCCUUUUUCCGAGUGAUGGGAGAAGGAGGCCCACCUGUCUCUCCACACUGCAUGAGAUGAGGUCACCAGGGUGUGGGUCAUCAAUUCCCAAGCAGUUGUUCUCUGAAAGCCCAAAUCAACAGCAGUGCUGGUGUCAGAAGAAGAGCCAGGGAGGUAAGAUUUCAUCUGUCUUGGUAACUCAGUUCAAAUUGUUUGCUUUUUGCUUUGCAGCUAUUGGCACGCAGCCCGUCAUUCAUUCACCUUCCGAUGACCUGGGCCUGUUGGUGCUGGUCUGCGAGUCCUCUGGGUGGUACCCGGCUCCUAGCGUGACCUGGGAAAAUGGACUAGGGGAGAAUCUGACCCGAUACUCGCACACAGAGCUAACUAACUGCACGGGUGGCAGUGUCUGUGUGAAGAGCACGCUAGAAAUGGAUAACUGGCCCACCGGCAACUACACAUGCACGAUGUGGGACCAGGAGUUGGAUGAGGGAUUGUCGUCGACUUUCAUCCUGAUUCACAGAGUACCGUUGGGUACAGUGAUCGGUGCAACUGGCGCAAGUGUUUGUGCUUUCAUUCUGAUUGUCGCUGUCUGUUGGAGUUGGUGGUAA